AUGGGUCGGCUCGACCGGAGUGAUACCACGGCCACACAUAAUACCGAAGUGAAACAACCACAGCGUUGUGUUUCGCUGUGGACGGAGGUAGACGGUCUACACCAUCUUGCAGUAGAGGAACCAGUCAGGAGGAACUCCUUUCAGGAAGAUAGAACCUGGUGGCUGUUAGUCAGUAACAGACUGGCAUAUUCUUCUCGCCUCACCGAGGUGAGAAUGUGGCUGGCAACGUUAACAAUUUUUAUAGCAGUCUGCUUGUACAUCUACUAUGAUACGCGUAAACCUAAGAAAUUCCCACCCGGUCCGAAAUGGGUUCCUAUACUGGGUUGUGCCAGUGAAGUUUACAAACUCCGAGAAAAAACUGGUUAUCUAUACAAAGCUGUGAAAGAGCUCUCUGUGUCCUAUUCCAAAGAUGGCUCCCUCCUCGGUCUAAGAAUUGGAAAAGACAGAAUUGUGAUGGUGAACAGUCUUGAAGCUAACAAAGAAAUGCUCUUCAAUGAAGACAUUGAUGGAAGACCAAAAGGCAUAUUCUAUCAAACAAGAACUUGGGGAGAGAGACGUGGAGUGCUGCUCACUGAUGGAGAGCUGUGGAAGGAACAAAGAAGAUUUCUGUUGCGACAUUUGAAAGAGUUUGGAUUUGGGAGACGAGGAAUGGAAGAUAUCGCCAGGUCAGAAGCGUGUCACAUGGUAAACGACGUCAUGACAUUGGUUGGUGAAAAUGAUGGCAAGACAGCUAUUAUUCAAAUGCAUAAUUUCUUCAACGUGUACAUCUUGAACACGCUGUGGACGAUGAUGGCGGGCAUCAGGUACAAACCCACCGACCCUCAGAUGAAAGUGCUCCAAAGUCUUUUAUUUGAUUUAUUCGCCGCAGUUGAUAUGGUUGGUACACUCUUCAGUCACUUUCCCAUCUUGAGCAUUGUGACUCCUACGUUGUCAGGGUAUAAAGACUUCAUACGAACGCACAAAAGAAUAUGGAAAUUUCUUCGGGAGGAGUUAGCUAGACAUAAGGAUAGAUUCGAUUCUUCACAAGAAGAUAGGGAUUUUAUGGACGUUUACAUAAGAGUGUUGAAGGAGAAAGGAGAAGUGGACACGUAUUCAGAGGGUCAACUGGUAGCGAUGUGUAUGGACAUGUUCAUGGCUGGCACGGAGACUACCAGUAAAAGUAUGAGCUUCUGCUUCAGUUACUUAGUAAGGGAACAAGAAGUGCAGAAGAAAGCUCAGGAGGAGAUCGACAGAAUUGUCGGUAGGGACAGGACGCCCAGUUUGGAUGACCGUCCCAACAUGCCGUACAACGAGGCUGUAGUGCACGAGUGUGUACGACAUUUUAUGGGACGGACAUUUGGAGUACCUCACCGUGCUCUCAGAGAUACAAACCUGGCUGGCUACUUUAUACCUGAGGACACGAUGGUGCUGAGCAACUUCACAAACAUCCUGAUGGACGAGGAGAUGUAUCCAGAGCCUUAUGCCUUCAAGCCAGAACGAUUUCUCUCUGAAGGGAAGAUCUGCCUGCCAGACCAUUACUUUCCCUUUGGUCUGGCUAAGCACAGGUGUAUGGGAGACGUUUUAGCAAAAUGUAAUAUAUUCGUCUUUACCACUACGAUGUUGCAGAAGUUCUCUUUCCUACCAGUUCCUGGAGAACCUCUGCCUUCACUAGACCAUGUUGAUGGAGCAACUCCGUCUGCAGCCCCAUUUAAAGCUUUGGUUGUGCCACGGACUUAG